GGGGCACCCAGUGUGAGGAGAUAAUCUGCUUCUACCUGGUGGGAGAAAGAGGAUAGAGAUAGAGAAUUGAAAUCAGUUUAUAAUUACAAAGCUGCUGACAGAAAGAAAACAGAGAGAUGGAAGGAUUCUGUGAGUUUAUUCAGCUGCAGUCACGCCAAGCAGCAGUGCAGUAACAUGUUAAUGAGCCGUUCAGAUGCGGGGAAGCAGUUCUGUAAGUAAGUUGUUGAUUUAUCAAUCAUUAUUUUACAAACUUGAGACUCAUGGGAAUCCAUCUGGAUCCCCCAGUUUAAUAGAUCUGGCCCUAAGUAUCUAGAUCCCCUACUAUAAAGCAAAGCAGGGGUUCUGUUGGUACAGGUACGGGAGCUAUAAUCCAGAAAGUUUGGGACUUGAUUAAAACUAAAUAAAGCCAAUGUAAUAUUUUACAAUAUUGUAUAGGCCUAUAAGUAAUGUUUUUUUAUAAUUACAGAGAAAAAGAAAAUACUACACAAAUUGUUUGCUUGAAAAUGGUAGAUGGCCUUUCUGUAUUUCAGAAACUUCUGGAUAAUGGGUCAUAAUGAGCAACCCAUUUUUGGGAAAAUAAAUAAAAAUCUGUCAGUGUAGUCAAGCUGCACAGUUAGAGAUGAGGGGUGUCAAGCUGUACAGUUCAGAGAUGGGGGGUGGUCAAACUGUACAGUUCAGAGAUGGGGGGUGGUCAAGCUGUACAGUUCAGAGAUGAGGGGUGGUCAAGCUGUACAGUUCAGAGAUGGGGGGUGGUCAAGCUGUACAGUUCAGAGAUGAGGGGUGUCAAGCUGCACAGUUCAGAGAUGAGGGGUGUCAAGCUGCACAGUUUAGAGAUGAGGGGUGUUAAGCUGCACAGUUCAGAGAUGAGGGGUGUCAAGCUGCACAGUUCAGAGAUGAGGGGUGUCAAGCUGCACAGUUCAGAGAUGAGGGGUGUCAAGCUGUACAGUGCAGAGAUAAAGGGUGAGUAGAUGCACAAUUCAGAGAUGAGGGGUGAGUAGAUGCACAGUUCAGAGAUGAGGGGUGAGUAGCUGCACAGUUCAGAGAUGAGGGGUGAGUAGCUGCACAAUUCAGAGAUGAGGGGUGAGUAGCUGCACAGUUCAGAGAUUAGGGGUGAGUAGCUGCACAGUUCAGAGAUAAGGGGUGAGUAGCUGCACAGUUCAGAGAUCACUUGACGGUCUCCUGGUAUCCUACUGAGAUGGUUCCCAUUUUAAGCCCACUUGGUUCACUGUAUAAUUUUUUGGUAUCUGCUCCUUGUGCCCUGCUGAGGCAGUUCUGAUCCACUGAGGUCUGUUAUACUAUAACAUUCAAUGGGUUUAUUUCAAAUCAACAGUGGAUACUGGAAUUGGUGGUACAGCUAGCUAUGGGUCAAUUCCAAUGACUACUCUGCGUAAUAAAAUAACCCUUGCAAAGCUAUAUUCUGUAGCUCAACCCAAGGAAUGGCAAGUCAGACAUUUGGGCAUACUCUAUGUGAUUCAGCAAGAACAAGGUGUGGUGCAUCAGACUUUCCAAGGUGGCUUCCUCAUACAGAGCUGUAUAAAAGUGUAACAGGGGACUCGGAGAGAUCAUCAGGAACGGUAACUGUAAGGGAAUAUUAUCAUUACAAGCACAAGUACAAGCAUCAUGUGGUGGUUCAGCCUCUUGUCUUUUGCCCUCUCCUUGGUGAAGAUUGGUUUGUGCCAGGAAAGCAAUCUUGAUUCCAAGUGGGAACUAUGGAAAAAAACAUAUCACAGGCAGUACAAUGGGCAGCUGGAUGAGAUAAGGAGAAGACAAAUCUGGGAGAAAAACCUGAAUUUGAUUUCCCAGCAUAACAAGGAGUUCUCCCAGGGAUUGCACACUUAUGAUCUGGCUAUGAACCAUCUGGGAGACAUGACCAGUGAAGAAGUUGUGCAAAAGAUGAUGGGCCUGAAGGUUCCACCCAAUCACCGGCCCAAUAACACCUACAUUCCUGAAUGGAAUUCUCGGAUUCCAGAAUAUAUUGACUACAGAAAAAAGGGCUAUGUCACUCCAGUCCACAAUCAGGGCAUCUGCGGCUCAUGCUGGGCAUUCAGUUCCGUGGGUGCGUUGGAAGGACAAUUAAUGAAGAAGACAGGAAAGCUGGUGUCCCUAAGUCCACAAAAUCUGGUGGACUGCGACACAGAUAAUUAUGGAUGUGAAGGAGGAUACAUGACCAAUGCAUUUGGUUACGUGAGGGACAAUGGAGGAAUAGAUUCUGAUGCAGAAUACCCUUAUGUUGGACAGGAUGAAGGCUGCCAUUACAAUCCAGCAGAUAAAGCUGCCACUUGCAAAGGCUACAAAGAGAUCCCAGUAGGUAGCGAAAAGGCACUGAAACGAGCAGUUGCCAAUGUUGGACCUGUGUCAGUCAGCAUUGAUGCCAGCUUACCGUCUUUCCAAUUCUAUAAAAAAGGUGUGUAUUAUGAUAGCAGCUGCAACCCGGAUGCGGUAAAUCAUGCAGUACUUGUGGUUGGGUAUGGAAAUGAGAAAGGGAUCAAACACUGGAUCAUUAAGAACAGCUGGGGAGAUUGGUGGGGAAAGAAGGGUUACGUUCUCCUGGCAAGGGAUAAGAAGAAUGCUUGUGGAAUUGCAAGUCUCGCCAGCUUUCCAGUGAUGUGAGAAACUGCCCACAAAUCCAGAGGAAUGGAAAAGUAUCUCCCCAUUAUACAGCUGUUAUACCCAAUGGAAUUAACCCUACCAAUUAUCACUCUAGGGGGUAUAAUUAUCAAAGAGUGAAGUUAGAGCUCACCACAAUCCACUAGAUUGAAAUUCCGCCAUUUUUUUUCUAUGGAACUUUUAAAAGAUUAUUUAUUAAUGAGUGAAAGUUAAAAUUCACCCCAAAUAUGCCUUUAAAAAUACCAUACAAAUGAAUAGAGAGUGGCAGAAUUUCACUCAAGCAGACGGCGAGCUCUUUCUUCACCCAUAAUAAAUAUCCCCCUAGGUUGGUGUUCAUAGGUUUAGUUGUUGUGUGUGAUAUUGUCCUUCAUCAUAACUAGUAUGCACAAUUGUAAUCUUUUGUUUAGUGUUACAUCACAUGGUUCUUACUGACAUUUAUCAAAGCAAUAUGACCAAACAUGCCCCAUGGAGAAAGGUAAUAUUGCAUAAAUACAGAAUAAUAGUUUUUUAAUAGACUGGCCAAGAUCUGUGCCCUUUCUUGAGUUAGUGAGAAAAUACUUACACUAUGCUGCCCAACUGCCUGGCUAGCCAGAUCCUGACCUUACAUGAUCAGAGGCUGCUAUGGUCUGUUGGCUGGGCAGGGGCAGCCUUUUACACUGCAGAAGAUGGGGCACCAUGCAGUCCUGCAUAUGAAAAACCAAACUUACUAAAUAUAACAGUUAGUUUGGUUUUUACAGGGGCCAUAUAUACCUCUAUACUCAACAUGAGCAAAAUAAAUGGAAGUUAUGCUGAAAAUGUA